AUGGCCUCCAACAACCCCUCCUCACCCGUUCGCGAGCGCCGGCCGUCGACCAGCGCCCCGCUCUCUGAUCUGCAGGGCCCGGUUGGCCCGGGCUUCAGCAGACCAAAACACAAGAGGACCGUCACUGGUUUCGGUGCCGCGGAAAUCAAGGCUGUCGAAGCUGCCAUUCCCGAGCCGGCCAGGAAGGCAUGGAGCAAAUACACUCCCAAGGGCUUCGAGACCCCCGAGGACUUCGAGAAAGAAGCGAUCCGGCACAUUGAAACGACCCUCGCUCGAUCCCUCUACAAUUGCGAUGACUUUGCCACCUACGCGGGCACCGCCCUAGCCUUCCGGGAUCGCCUGGUUCUCGACUGGAACAAGACGCAGCAGGAGCAGACGCUGGCAGAUCAGAAGCGGGUCUACUAUCUGUCCCUGGAGUUCCUGAUGGGCAGAGCAUUGGACAAUGCAAUGCUCAAUGUCGGCCAGAAAGACGUUGCCAAAAAGGGCCUUGAGGAGCUUGGUUUCCGCAUCGAGGAUGUGAUCAGUCAGGAGCAUGAUGCCGCGCUUGGCAACGGCGGUCUUGGACGCCUUGCUGCAUGCUUCCUCGACAGUCUUGCCAGUUUGAACUACCCUGCUUGGGGCUAUGGCCUGCGCUACAGAUAUGGUAUCUUCAAGCAGGAGAUUAUAGACGGCUACCAGGUCGAGGUCCCAGACUACUGGCUCGACUUCAACCCCUGGGAGUUCUGCAGACAUGACGUCACAGUCGAUAUCCACUUCUAUGGACAUGUCCGCAAGUACACGACUGACGAGGGUAAGCAACGCUGCUCGUGGGAAGGUGGUGAGAUUGUCCAGGCUGUGGCGUUUGAUGUCCCCAUUCCUGGCUACACGACCCCUACCACGAACAACCUCCGCUUGUGGGGCAGCAAGGCGGCCAGCGGCGAGUUUGACUUCCAAAAGUUCAACUCCGGAGAGUAUGAGAGCUCGGUCGCAGAGCAGCAGCGGGCUGAGACCAUCUCUGCCGUCCUCUAUCCCAAUGACAACUUGGAGCGUGGCAAGGAGCUGCGCCUGAAGCAGCAGUACUUCUGGUGCGCCGCGUCUCUGUUCGACAUUGUCCGUCGUUUCAAGAAGACCAACAGGGCGUGGGGCGAAUUCCCGAACCAGGUUGCCAUUCAACUGAACGAUACUCAUCCCACUUUGGCCAUUCCAGAGCUGCAGCGCAUCCUGGUCGAUAUUGAGGGCCUUGACUGGGAUGAGGCAUGGAGCAUCGUCAGCAAGACCUUUGGCUACACCAACCACACGGUGCUUCCUGAAGCCCUCGAGAAGUGGUCUGUCCCACUCAUGCAGCACCUGCUUCCUCGUCACUUGCAGAUCAUUUACGAUAUCAACUUGCAUUUCCUGCAAUAUGUUGAGCGCAACUUCCCCAAGGACAGGGAUAUGCUUGGCCGCGUGUCCAUCAUUGAAGAGUCUAACCCCAAGAUGGUUCGCAUGGCUUACCUCGCGGUCAUUGGCUCGCACAAGGUCAACGGUGUUGCUGAGCUGCACUCGGACCUCAUCAAAGCCACCAUUUUCAAGGACUUUGUCGAAAUCUACGGCCCAGACAAGUUCACCAACGUGACGAACGGUAUCACUCCGCGCCGCUGGCUGCACCAAGCCAACCCCCGCCUUUCCGAGCUCAUUGCCUCGAAGCUGGGCGGCCACGAGUUCUUGAAGGAUCUUACGCUCUUGCACAAGCUCGAGGAAUACGUCGAUGACAAGGAGUUCCGCAAGGAGUUCCAGGAAAUCAAGUAUGCCAACAAGGUUCGCCUGGCCAAGCACAUCAAGGAGAGCACUGGCAUCAGUGUCAAUCCUUCUGCGCUGUUCGACGUCCAGGUCAAGCGUAUCCACGAGUACAAGCGCCAACAGCUCAAUAUCUUUGGCGUCAUCCACCGUUACCUUGCCAUCAAGAAGAUGUCUGCCGAGGAGCGCAAGAAGCUGGCUCCCCGCGUGUCCAUCUUUGGUGGUAAGGCCGCUCCCGGCUACUGGAUGGCCAAGACUGUCAUCCACUUGAUCUGUGAGGUCGGACGCGUUGUGAACGCUGACAAGGAUGUUGGUGACCUGCUGAAGGUCGUCUUCCUCGAGGACUACAAUGUCAGCAAGGCGGAGAUUAUCUGCCCUGCUUCCGACAUUAGCGAGCACAUUUCCACGGCUGGUACCGAGGCCAGUGGAACUAGCAACAUGAAGUUCGUCCUUAACGGCGGUCUCAUUAUCGGCACUUGCGAUGGAGCCAACAUUGAAAUCACGCGUGAGAUCGGCGAGAACAACAUCUUCCUCUUCGGCAACCUGGCGGAAGACGUCGAGGACCUGCGCCACGCGCACUUGUACGGGCAGUACAAGCUGGACCCGGAGCUGAACUCCGUCUUCGAGGCGAUCCGGAGCGGCAUGUUCGGUGACGCAGGCUCCUUCUCGGCGCUGGUCAACGGCAUCGUGGACCACGGCGACUACUACCUGGUGUCGGACGACUUUGCGUCGUACUGCCAGACACACGAGAUGAUAGACGAGGCGUACCGCAACCAGGAGGAGUGGGUGACGAAGGCGAUUACGGCCGUGGCGCGCAUGGGCUUCUUCAGCAGCGACCGCUGCAUUGACGAGUACGCAGAGGCGAUUUGGAAUGUGGAGCCGUUGACGCCGAAGAAGGAGGGCGCGCAGGUGUCGGUGCAUUGA